UUUGAGGUAGAGCACCAGAAACAUUUGUGGUUUCCAGACGACCUGACGAGCAGCUGCACCUGCACUGCACUUUUCUCCACUUCUCUCCUUCUGGAACCUCUGACCACUCCGAAGCUGCUCGCGCUCUCUCUUGCUCUCUGCCAACCUUCUCGUCCUGCUUCUGUAGCUCUGGUGCCGCACUCCUGUCACAGCAUGCAGCUCCUGGUGGUGUUAGCGGCUCUCAUGGGGGUUCUGUUCAGUGUUAGAGCAGCUGCCGUGCUUCCUGUGGACGACAGGAGCCCCGUCCACGUGAACAGGGAGCUGAGCAAAGAGCGCAAGGAGCUGAUCCUUAAGCUGGUGUCCGGCUUGCUGGACGGAGCUCUCGACACCAACAUGCUGCCGGGGGAGGCUGCGCCCGUUGAUCUGGAGGAGCCGCUGGAGUCUCGCCUGGAGGAGAGGGCUGUGUACAACCGGCUAUCACUGCCCCAGCGCGACCGCAAAGCCCCUUGUAAAAACUUCUUCUGGAAAACUUUCACCUCCUGCUAACAGUACUGGAAAGCCCCCGGCUCUGCCCACCUCCCGUACCCCCUUCCCCCCCCCCCCCCCAGCUCUACAUGAACUGUAGUAGACCUCAGAUGUACAUAUCAUCCACACACGUGCAUCAUCGAUGGACUUCGCUGAGACAGUGCGUCUGUUUGAAUAUUAACUAUUUAUGUAUACAAUGUACGUAUUUAUGUAUCAGUUUCCUUCAGGGUCAACAAUAAAGCAUGGAUAUAAUAUUUGGGAUGGUAACAGUUAAAUGCUUUCACCAAUUGUUAAAAAACAACAACAACAGAACAGUCAUGUUUUCCACCUGCUUCAACAAUAUAAAUACAUAUUCAAAAUCAAUGCAAAAACUAUGGCUGUAUUUUUAUUUGUGUUUGUGACUUAGAUAUCUUGGAAACUGUGGGCGAAAAUUAAGGACUUUGUUGUGCGAAAAUAUAUUUAUAUCUAUGAAAAACUGAGAGCAGAUGAUAAAUGGCACGCCAAGAAGACACCAUUUUUC